UGUACGCGCCCGGCUGAGUACUCCUACCGCUGUCAGUCAGUCACUAACUUCAGAUACCCCCUCCUGGUUCCGCGCACCUCCAAAGACCCUGCUAACCAGUGGAGGGUCUCCUUCACGGACUUCCAGAUCCAGGGUUUCAAUGUGGCAGGGGGAGAGGUUCUCUCUGCCAGUGACUGUGCAGGGUUCUUCAGUCCUGGUAUCUGGAUGGGACUGCUCACCAGUCUACUGAUGCUCAUGGUCCUGACCUACGGCCUCCAUAUGAUCAUGCAGCUACACACCAUGGACCGUUUUGAUGACCCCAAGGGACCUGCUAUCUCCGUACCACAGACUGACUAACACACAUACCACAAGCAAAUGUCCCAAACACACACACACCUUACACACACACACACACACACACCACAUACCUUACACUACUUGUUGAGAUCAUUCCUUUAGUCACCAUAGCAACCAGACCACUCAGCGCAUGAAAAUUAAUGGGAUGAAGAAUGGGAAGGAGGAGGGUGAUACGGGCCGGAGCAGGGGGAUAGGGG